AUGGAAACAUCACAAACUCUAGCAAAAGAAAGCCAAGACAACCUGCACCAACAAUUCAAGAACCUUGAACAACAAUGGGACACCAUCAAGCAAACAAAGCCACACCCACACCAGCCUACGCUUCAUCGAUGCUCGAUGGAUUCGAAAACCAUUGUCAAGACUCUCCAACUGAUCAACAACUCUCCAAAAAGUCUCAUGUCUUCUCUACAACACGAGAGAAGGUCUCCUUCAGUGGAAGAGAUACUUAGAGAGAGAAGAAUGGCCACUGAGAGUAGCAAGUUGAAGGGAAGGAGGCUUUUUGAGAUGGGUUUUGAAGGUAGAGAAGAGAUGGGGAGUGAUUGUUUUGGUUUGGUUCAAGAAGGUGAAGUGAGGUCAGUGUGUUCUUAUGGUAAUUCUCAAGAUGUUGAGAGUGAUGGUUUGGGAAGCUUCAAGGAAGAGGUGGCUUCUGGUUGUUGCUAUUGUUGUUCCUACUCUGGAUCUUCUGUGUCUGGUGGAAAGGUGGAGAGAGAAAAAGUGGCGGAUGAGAGAGAGAAGGUGGAGCAUGAUGUGGAAGAAAAGGAGAGAUAUGGUGGUGGGGGUAGUGGUGGUGGAAAGUGGAUUCUUCUCAUGGCUUGGUUUAGUAUUGCUUUAAUGGUGUUUACAUUAGGAAUUAUCUCAAUGAAGUGCAAUGAAGAAUAUGGGAAUGAAGAUGAGGUAAUUGUAGUCCCAACAUGAACUCUCUCAGUUGAUCUUGUUCUAUAGUGUUUUUUUUUUUUUUUUUGCUGGUUUAUUGAAUUUCUAUUUAAUUUUUUUUCAGUAUAUGGAAGAUGUGAUUGAUUAUAAUUUCAAA